GAGGCAUCCUCCCCAAUGGCCCGGUUCACACGCGUGAGAUGCUGCUAUAAAAGCCAGUGCAGCUACAGAUCAGAGACGUGAAUCACAGAGAAGACAACAUGUUCUUGCUCAUUAGCUGUUUUGCUCUUGUGGCUUCUGCACUGGGGUGUGGAGUGCCUGCCAUCAAACCCCAAGUGAGUGGCUACAACAAGAUUGUGAAUGGGCAGAAUGCUGUGUCUGGAUCCUGGCCCUGGCAGGUUUCACUUCAGGAUGCCACCGGAUUCCACUUCUGUGGAGGCUCCCUGAUCAACCAGUACUGGGUUGUCACCGCUGCUCACUGCCGUGUGUCUCCUAGAAGCCACCGUGUUAUCCUGGGAGAGCACGAUCGUCAGUCCAGCGCUGAGCAGGUUCAGGUCAAGAACAUUGCCCAGGCCAUCACGCACCCCUACUACAACGCCCAGACCUUCAACAACGACAUCACCCUCCUGAAGCUGUCCUCCCCAGUACAGAUGACGACCCGCGUGUCCCCUGUGUGCCUGGCAUCCUCCAGCACCAACCUCCCUGCUGGAACCAAAUGCGUCACCACUGGGUGGGGCAGGACUGGCCAAACCUCCACACCCCGUUACCUCCAGCAGACGGCUCUGCCCCUGCUCAGCCCUGCUCAGUGCAGGCAGUACUGGGGUCAGAACAAAAUUACCGACGCCAUGAUCUGCGCUGGCGCUUCUGGAGUGUCAUCCUGUCAGGGUGACUCCGGCGGCCCUCUGGUCUGUGAGAGCGGAGGAGUGUGGUCCCUUGUGGGUAUUGUGUCCUGGGGUACGUCUAACUGCAACGUGUACACCCCUGCCGUCUACUCCCGCGUGUCCUACCUGCGCAACUGGAUCGAGCAGACAGUUGGUCCCAUCUAAAGUGGAAACCCUGAGAGGCUGCAGAGACGUGUGGCUGUAUGGAGGCUGCCUACUGUAUGUGUGGUGCAUUAAGAACAACUCUAUAAUUAAUUAAACGUAACUGUUGGAAAACA